UCGUCUCAGUAUCAGUAUCAGUGCGUGUUCCUACAUUCAUUGUAACUGUACCAAAAAUAGAAACAAACACAACAUUAAUUUAUUUCUAAAUUAAGAAACUUUCGUCCAUCACACAUACAUACAUACAAUUAUUAUUAUGUAAUUAUUAUUCUUACAGCUUAUAAACAUGUGCAAUUUGCUAUCAUGUUCUCUUCAUCAACUUGUCAUAAACACUAAGCUGCAGAUUGGAAAAAUGGCAGAAAAGAAAGAUAAUAAUAAUCAUAAUAAAAAUAAUACCUCAUUCACAAGUGCAAUUGCAGUUUCACAAAUGAGUAUAAGGAAUAUUCCCCGACGAUAUAUACUUCCUCUCCCGCAUCGACCGACACUUAUAACUGACCACAAGCAGCAGCAUUGCUUCUCCACCCGAGCUUCUUUGCCCAUUAUAGAUCUUUCGUCUUUAGACGACCCACUUCUUCGAUCACGCAUCGUCGAUCAAGUGUCCCUCGCCUGCGAGGAAUUCGGAUUUUUUCAGGGUGACGAAUGCAAUAAAUCGACAAAUACUAAAUGUUUUGUGCAGGUGACCAACCAUGGAAUUCCAGUUUCAUUCACAAAAGAUGCACUAGAUGUUGCUAAAGAGUUUUUCGAUUUGCCGAACGAGACAAAGAUGCGCAUUGCCUCGGCCGAUAUCCACAAACCGGUUAGGUACGGGACUAGCCUAAACCAUAUCAAGGAUAAAGUUCAAUAUUGGAGAGACUUCAUCAAACACUACUCGCAUCCGAUCUCCACUUGGGUCGAUUCUUGGCCGUCGGAUCCUCCAACUUACAAGUAAGCAUCCUCGUGUACUUUAACCUAAACAACCCAUUAACCAAAAUACUAAACCAAGAAAAAAAAAAU